AUAUCAAGUAAGUACCAAUAAUUUCAAACAGUCGUCCGUCGAACAUAUAGAGUACACAUCAAAACUUGCUAGUUAUCAGUUCUUUCAGGUAUCAGUAAUUAGUCGAACCACGAAGAAAAAUAAAGCUGUGCGGUUACGCGGGCAAACUAUUGCGGCAAGCAAAUUGAAAAAGAUCAGAAUCUCAAUUGGGAGAGAAUGGACAGAGAGAAAACGGGACACUCACAAGGCGACAAACGUUAAAAAAGGGAGCAGCAUUGAAAAGUGCAUAAGUGUAUUUUAUCGACGUAAUAUCUGCAAACAGAACUUCUGUCUGAAAAUAGAUAUGACAGAGCGACAUCUCGGCAAGGUCGAACGUGGCACAAAUACAUCCAGCAGUUACAACUAUGAAAGCAGCGAUAUGGAAGAUGUGAUGGGCCAACUACGAUAUCUUCAAUUUAACCAACAAGAAGGAAGCAAUGUUAUGCAGCCAGGACCGUCUUCCGAGAGUGAUCCGUGCGGUGAACCUCCCACCAAGGGGAGCAACAUUAACAAAUACAACAAAAUUCCAAAACAAUGCGACAAUUGCAAACAAAUCUUUCGCAAAAAACCUGAGUUGAUAGAUCACUACGAGAAGAUCCACCAACGUUGCAUCCAUAGAUGUAAAUAUUGCAACUACGAAACCAACCGUAAAAGCGACUUAAAAAGACACGAGAAAACACACAUAAGAAAACGUCCGAUCAGUAGCGACUACGUGUGUACUGAACCCGGUUGUAACAAGAAUUAUAAGAAUAUUUAUAGUUUGGAGUAUCAUAUAAUGACUUGUCACCAUAAGAAUAAGAAGGAAAGCAGUAAUGCAGAGCCGGGACCGUCCUCAGAAAAUAAUCCAUACGGCGAACUUCUCAGCACAAGGAAAAUUGAAACGUACAAAGUUUCUAGACAAUGCAGAAUCUGUGGUCAAAUUUUCCAUAAUAAGCAUAUGUUGAUAGAUCACUCAAUGAAUGUUCACCAACGUUACGUGCACAUAUGUGAAAAAGAAACAUGCAAUUAUGAAACCAACAAACUGUACAGCAUGCGAAGGCACUUUAUAAGACAGCACAUGGAUAAUAAAAACUAAGUAUAUAGUGAGACUGGCUGUAACUGGGUGAGAAAAGAUCAGGAGUAGCUAAUACAAUACGUACGACGCGUUCACUCUGACGAAGAAAAGAAAAGCAAUAUUGAGGACUCAAGGCCGUCCUCAGAGAGCGACCUGUAUGGCAAACAUUUCAGAAGAAGCCCCAGCAUUGAAGAGCCCAUAAGUAUGCCUCAGAAAUGCAAAACCUGCAACGGAAUCUCUGUUUCUAAGCAAAAGUGGAAAAAAUACCUCCUAGCUCUCUACAAACAACCCAAAUGCAACUGCAGCCAUGGUUAAUUACGUAUUUAACAAAUAGAAUAACUUGCGAAGACAUAUUGUACGAAAUCACACGGACAAUUAUGACUAAAUGUGUACUGAGCCUGUCUAUAACAGAAUGUAUAAAUAAUAGGCGGAUCUGAAGAGACAUAUAUACAACGUCCUAUCAACCAGAAGAAAAGCAAAAGUGCGGACACGAGGCAGUCUUCUGAAAGCAAUCCGUGGGGCAAACAUUUCAAAACAGAGAGCAGCAUUGAAAAUCGCGUAAGUAUGCCUCAAUAGUGCAAAAUCUGCAACUAAUGUUUCGCUAGAAAGAGAGAGUUGAAACACCAUCUCUAAAAGGAUCACGGACAUCGCAUAUUCAACUGCAACGAUUGCAAUUACAUAUCUAACGAGAAAGAACAUUUGAAAUAUCACGUUGCAUCAAAGCACAUGGACAAUUACUACUACGUGCGUAACAAGGAAGGCUGCUACAAGAAAUUCAAACUCGAGCAAGAACUGGAGAAACAGAUAUAUGCUGAAACGACAAUUGUGUGUCCUGUCCGCAAUAAGAUGUAUAAUAGCAGAAGAAUUAUACUGGAGCACUGUAUACGUAUAUACUUGGAUAACUCUACAUCUGCGAAGUUUACAGCACGGUAUUCAUCCAGCGGCAGUUUUUACACAGUUAUAUGGAGGAGAGACAUUCUGAUCCGGUUCCACUCGAAUAAAAUGAACAGAUAUCGAGAGCAUUUUUGCAAAAUUUCUAAAAAAGCAAAAGACAAACAAGCUGUCGAGUCGAGUGGAGAAAGUAUACAAAGAACGCGAGGGAACAGUUUGUUUAUACCCACAUAUACACGCUCAACAUACGCUCUGAACCAUAUAUACGCUUAAAUGCGCACACAAACACACACACACACAAUGUCUGCAUGUAGUAAAUAUCCCAAAGCAAAUCUUUUUAUAGAAAUAUGUUUCUAGCUCCUUUUAAAUGGUAGUUUUAUCCCUGAACAUGUAUUCGCAAUAAUUUUAUAUCUUCUAUAUAUUCUUAUAUACGCUAACGCGUGUGUGUAUAUGGAUAUAUACGCAUGCGUGCACAUAAAUGCUCGCCCCCAAUUUACUGUGAGAAAUAAUAAGACAGUUCAUAGGAAAAAAUUGACGGAUGACUAUAUAACGAAUUGUGUAUAUUUUGUUUACGUGACGAGC